GAGAGAGAGAGAGAGGUUCCCAAUGUUUUAAACACUACCAGAUUCCUCCACCGAUUCCUCAACUCAUUUUCAGAGCGGCAAAAACUGACAGCAUGACAAUCGCACUUCCUCCCCACUAACAGACAGACCUCUGAGCUCUGUGGAUGGGGAGAAGAAAUCACAGCAGUCUCACCAGUGGCGGCGCGCUCUGGUUUCACUCCCUGACAGUCAGCGCGGCGCGGAGUUCGCUCUCUACGCAUACAGCCUCUAGUCCUGCAUUGUUCAGUACCUCUGUCCUACACUCCCGGGACGACACCGGAGCGGCGGAGCCCCCGGAUCACUGGAUAUCUUCGUCCCGAUCAGCCCAAAUAGCUCACAGAAAGACGACAAGUGGACACUUGGAGAUGUGCGUGUUUGCGCAGUGGACGUUCUGCGUGAAGGCUUGUCGCAUGGGUGUUUAAAUGUUUCACAGUGGGAGACUUUGGAGAAGUUAUUGUUGUUGUUUUUUUAAACCAACUUCAUGUUGAAGUUUUUCUUGCGGAUCGCAUUGGAUGCGUUUCGGUGUUUUGAACAUUAGGUGAGGAGCGCGCCGUGUGGAGCAGUGCGGGCUCAGCCGACCACAUGAUCUCUGCUCACGGUGUCCGACCUCGGGAUGACUUUACCGGGACACAUGUUGUGAGCUCAGCGCUGUUGGUCCUCAAUCAUGCAAAACGACGGCGGCAAGACUCAACAGGUUGGUGAAGGUGUGGCCAGAUGGAGGAUGUGGAGGAGGGAUAGACGAGCAAUGUCCUCCCUCAUGUCGCACAGUGCCAAGGUGCUGCUGUGGGUGGUGGUCUCUCUGCUGCCCCUAGUGGGAGGAGCCGGUACGGGGCCUGACCGCGCGGACCCCGGAGAGGGGCCAGACCCGGGAAGGGCCCUGGGCCUGCGGGGGAGCCAGGAGGAGAGGGAGCUUCCUGUCCCGCUGGCAGCGGUGCUGGAGGAAGAACCGGAAGACCACGGUGACCCCUACCCCACCUGGCACGCGCUCCACGAUCCGUACGUGGCGGACGAGGCCGACGACCAACCCAGCCGCCGGUGGGCGGGCCGCUUCCCGCGCUCCUCCGAGACCUCGGAGCCCCCGCCCCACGGCGCGCCCAAGAAGAAGAAGAGACGGAAGAAGGAGAGCGAGGGCGAGAGGGAGAAGGGGCGCGGCGAGAGGGGCCGGGGGCGGGGCAAACCCAGCCGCACGCCCAAGCAGAGCAGCCGGGACUGCCGCGUGGAGAAGCGGGAGAUGAAGGUGCGCGACCUGGGCCUGGGCUUCGACUCGGACGAGAUCGUCCUCUUCAAGUUCUGCGUGGGCUCCUGCCAGUCGUCCCGCACCAACUACGACCUGGCGCUGAAGGCGCUGCUGCAGAACGGCUCGCUGCCGCGCCACACCGCGCGCAAGGUCAGCGGCCAGCCCUGCUGCCGCCCCGACCGCUACGAGCCCGUCUCCUUCAUGGACGCUCAGACCACCUGGAGGACCAUCACCUCCCUGUCGGCCGCCAGCUGCAUGUGCAUGGGCUGAGCGAGGCCGGGGGGACGCGUUCCCACCGAGGGCACGUAGAGGACACUACAGCAACAACGACAACAGCAACCACAGUGGAGCCUGCUGUCGGCCAUUACUCAUCACAUGAAUGGAGCUACAGCGAGCGGGGGAAGCGCCACGACCGCGCUGCAGGCUCCAGGCGGGCCCCCGGGGCCCUUCGGCCGUAGGGAGACAGAGGGGCCCCGUCCAGCAGCACCGCAGUGCACGGAGCAGGGCCCCCCCCCCUUAUAAGGAGAGGACAGCAGGAGGAAGUGAUGGAGGAUGCUCGCUGCCCCCUCAGGGAGGGGUCUUCCUGGGGAAGGAGAGCUCUGGGUGGCUCUCGUCAGCGGAGAGCAGGGGUUGGAAGA